AUGGAGCAGGGGAACAAGACACAGACUUUGCCUUUAAACACCUGCUACAAACUGGCUUCGUCUGUACUCACUGAAGCAACUUCCACGGCGUGUAUGCUGUUGAGUCUUUUUCUGAGUACGGCUUCCACGGUGACUGUGUGUGGAAACCUCCUGGUGAUAACCUCGGUGGUGUACUUCAGGCAGCUUCACACCCCUACUAACGCUCUGAUCCUCUCUCUUGCUGUGGCUGAUCUGCUGGUGGGAGCUGUGGUCCUCCCUCUCACCAUGAAGUUCUCUGUCAGCACGUGUCUGUAUAACCGAAGUGUCUUCUGCUUGAUACGCAGUUCUUUAGACAUGAUACUAGGAUCCUGCUCCAUUCUGAACCUGUGCUGCAUAUCUGUGGACAGAUAUUAUGCUGUCUGUCAGCCGCUUACAUACAGAUUCAAAAUCAAUAAUCAUGUCAUAGGUAUAAUGAUCCUAAUCAGCUGGUUUCUCCCAGCCUUGUUUGCUGUGGGUUUUCAGCUGGGAUUUAACAGAGCAAAUUGUGUGCAACGCUGUUUAUCCUUUGCUUUAGUGACCCAAUUCAUAUCCUUUGUUUUCUUAUUCUACCUGCCACUUAUUUUAAUGUUGUGUCUGUACCUUAAGAUUUUCCUAGUUGCACAGAAACAGGCGAACAGCCUCCAAAAGCACACCAAGUCUAGAGAAAAUGCCAAUAAGUUGGAGAAGAAGGCUACCAAAACUCUGGCUGUCAUCAUGGGGGUUUUCCUGCUGUGCUGGCUGCCUUCCUUUUUCUGCAUCACCAUUGUUUCUUUCAGCAGGUCGUCAGACACCGGCCCGCUCAUAGAAAUCCUGAACUGGCUGGCCCUGUCAAACUCUCUGCUCAAUCCCUUCAUCUAUGCUUUCUUUUACAGCUGGUUCCGAUCUGCUUUUCUGUUAAUUAUCUCAGGGAAGAUCUUUUUCACGGAUUUGACUAACGUGACACUUCAGUGA